CAAUUUUCAGAUUCAAUUUCUCGAACAAUAUGCAAUUGACUGGAUGGCCCGAAUAUGUUUCAAUGAUUUAUCUUCCAAUAAUACUAGUUGGAUUAGUUGGAAAUGGAUUGUCCCUAUACGUCUACACAACUCCAAACAUGCGAAAGUCAACUGUCGCCUUCUUACUCUACUCACUUUCAAUUUGUGACAUUUUUGUGCUUCUUUUUGCGCUUCCACUAUAUAGCAUCUCAUAUUUGCCUAUUUGGGACAAUGUCUAUGGUGCUUGGUCAAUGCGCCGUAUGUUUAUUGCAUUUUCAACAAAAUUCUUCUAUCCGUUAUGCAUGACUGCAAAAACUGCAAGUCUUUAUAUAAUGGUGGUGAUUACUGUAGAACGAUGGAUUGCAGUCUGCCGACCGUUACAGGUCCACAUUUGGUGCACAUUCAAAAACUCAGUUAGAAUUGUUAUAGCCAUCAUAACAUUUUCAAUUAUUCUGAACUUCCCUAAAUUCUUUGAAUACCAAAUUGGCUAUUCGGAUGCAUUGGGAUACUGGCCAAAACGUGGAAUUUUGGAUGCAGAAGAGCACUGGUGGUACUACAUUUCAUAUUUUAUCAUCAUUUCUGUCAUUUUUGACUACCUUCUGCCAUUUGUUAUAAUGUUCAUUGCAAACAUGAAAGUCAUCAAUGAACUGAGAAAAUCAAGGAAGGAGAGAGCACUUUUGACGACUUCGCUUCAAAAAGAGCAAAAUACAACUGUGAUGUUGUUGGUUGUGACUAUUCUCUUUGGAUUCUGUCACUUUUUCAGUAUGGCUCUCAAAUUGUUCGAGAGCAUUUUUAAAGAUUUUCUCAAUCGACACAAUGAAUAUUUCGAAGUGAUGAUUGAAGUAUCUAAUAUUCUCAUCGUCAUUCAUAUUGGCACGACAUUCUUCAUAUAUUACUUUUUCUCGGCUAGAUUCAGGAAUAUUUUGUGCUAUUUGUUCAAAAAACGAAGCAACCUUCCGGAUAAUAGCCUCACAGACUUGAACAAACGGAAGCUUCUUCAAAAAUCCGAUUCAAUAUGUACUUCACUGGCAAAAACAUCACCAAAAACAUCAAUGGCAUAAUAAUCUGAAAAUAGGAUAUAUAGUAGUCUCCCAAUCUCUUGAUCUUUUGUUUCUGAUAUUUCUUUUUUACUUCCUUGGAUCUUUUUGUUCCUGCUUGCCAUCCUCUUCGGCGUCAUAAUAAUCAUUCCGAAAGUUGUUUUCCUAUAUCUUACGAACGGUUCAAUGAAAUAAAAUGUUGUGAAUUUUAUU